ACAAACUCAAGGCCACGCCCGCGCGGCACUUUUCCGCUGCUCAUAGCUAUCUGUUAUAUUAUCUUUCCUCGCAGUGAGUGCAGCUGGUAGUGUCUUUUCAUCCUUUUCUCUGGCUAAAACUAACAUCAGAAUUCUGUUUCUAAACGACAAUUUAAAGUGCGUAUCAUAGGUUAAGAUAAAUAGUUUGGUUGCUAGUUUGCUAACAGUAAAGCCAGGCAUCUUGCAGGCAAAUUGUAUUAAGUUAGUUAGCUAGAAUAACAAGGUGAAGCACUGACUAGCCAACUUGGAAAGCAAAGGCUGUUUUAACUACAAAUUUCAACAAAACGGUCAGUCCAUAGUUGUCUUAAGUUUAUAUACCUCUGUUGUAUCAACUUAACGUUAGUCAGCCAAUAACAAGCAAGCUAAGUGUCAAACCAGAAUGGCAACUGCUUACCAAGAAAGACGCGUUCUGGUGGAAAUCCCUGCUCCACAGCCAAAAAUCGCGGGUCACUUGCGGCGACCGUACUUGGAUGUGCUGAACUCGCUUGUGCGAUCAUCGCCCGACGCUUCCAGAGCUCAGUCCUCCCAAACGCAACGCGACCGGCCAAGAGCUGGCUGCCUCAGGGGGCAGCGGGUCGCCAGGUGCGAGGACCGGGGUGAGGACCUGCAGGGUCGCCAGAUCUCCCUCUCGCAGCGAGACCUGGUUCAGCUGAUCCGCUCCCUUUUCCUGCUGAAGCAGGAGAAGACGCGCGCUCCCCUGUGCUCGGAGCUGAAGCUCCUGCAGGUGGAUCUGCAGCUGCACAAGGCCCGGGUGUACCGGUCCAUCCCCUACUCCCGGCUGGGCUCCAACCGGGACGCACACUGCUACCGCAAGGCCUACCCUCACCUCCUGGCCUUCAAGAGCGCGUGUCAGGAGGGAGGCAGGCUGCUGCUGCAGAGCCAGCAGUGGGAGGCGGCGCUGGAGCACGCCCUGGUGGCCUGGAGGUAUACCAGCGAGCUGCCGCAGUGGGACACCGCCGGUCACAACGCGGUGAAGGAGCAGUGCUACGCCCUGCUGGCCUCACACUGCUCCACCGCCCUCCAGCGCGCCCCUCCCGGAGCGGCCAGGGCCGGGGAGCUCCUGAGGAGGCUGAAGGCCGCGCAGGCUCACAGUCCGCUCCUCUCCCCGUGCGUCCGAGAGCUGGAGAGGCUUCUGGAAGAUUCCGCAGCACGACAGGGCCGUCCUGAGCUCAGAGACGACCCCAUCUGGGCCGGAAACCCAAAGACUGAAGUCCGGACCAGGCCCGUGCCAGGGCAAAGGCAUCUCCUGUGA